AUGGCGAUGUGUGGUGGCAGAUUGAUCUGGCCGCAAGGAUCUCUGGGAAGGAGAUUGCAUCAUACCAAGGUAGAGCUAUCUCAGCAUGGAGUCUGCUUUCAUUGCCAAUCUAGAGUGACUGAAUCAUCACCAUGGCAACCAUCAUCUCAUGGUUACCUGGCAACUGAUACAUUGAGUAGAGUGUUAAAUGCAGUUGAUCCGGACCCGAGUAAAUUUGAAGAUACAGUGUCACAGUUAUUUGGUUUCAACUAUGUCACAGGGACUGCUUUGAUGGAUCAUACAAAACAACUGUUUUAUCUUAUGAGAUACUACCAUCCCUCCAAGGUGCCAGAGACCAAUAACAAAGAUUGUAUAUUCGUGACAAAGAUCAACAAAUUUCCCACUACACUGUUGUAUCAUAUAUCCAAAUUAAUGACUCAUAUUGGAAGCCUAGCAGUUUUACAUCAAAGAACUGUACAAAGUACAUGUGAGAAGAAUGGAUUUACUGUUACUUUCACUCUCUUCACAGAUGCUAUGAAUACUUCAGAUUUGAAAGGAUUCUGUCUUUGGAUAUUAUUACACAUAUCUCCUUUAUAUCAAUAUGAUAUACAUGGACAGCAAUCUAUGACAAAGGUUCCUAUUAAAUGUAACUGGUUAGCUGUCAAUGAUAUUUUGAAAUCGGCAAUAUCUCCACAGGCUGGUGGUUUAGAUGAAGCAAAACUUCGUUGUUAUAUAAAAUGCUGUAUUUCCUUGACUAGUAUCUGGGAACCUAAUACUAAAGUCAUUGUGCUGAUAUGGGAUCAAUUUCAUAAACGACUGAAUGAAGCAUUUCACGUGCCUGGAUUAGGAUUACAAGACUUUUCAUCAACUAAAAAGUCCAGUGCAUCUUGGUUUGAAGACUGUUUUCAUCGUUGUAUUGACAGUGAUGAUAACUAUUUUAGUGCCUUCAAUGAGAAAGGUAACAGUUUCAAACUGUUUCUGAAAUUACUUGCUGUCCAGCUGAUUAAAAGUAAAUCCAGUAAUAACAACCAAGGCUGGAAACAGAUCAAAGGAAGGUUCUAUUCUAAAUUUCAUCAAAGAGGGAUGCAGCAGCUGAGUGAAGUUGGUCUUGAACAUUUCAUUGAUUUAUUUCUUACACUCUCAAUUGUCGUGGAUACAGAAGACGUGGGAAGUAGAAUGUGCGAUCUAUUGGACAUGUUGCCUAGUAACAGAAUUAGUCAAAGAAAGAGGAUAGUCAUUUGGAAAGGUUUGUUUGCAUUGAUCUUAAUUAACGAGGACAAAUUACUAGAUAUCAAAGUGCUGGCUCACAAGUUGGUAUUACAGUUUAAUGCAGUAUGUAGAGAGUUCAGUCAAAAUUCAGAUGACUCAAAUGUACAUUAUAAAUUCUGGGAGAUAAUCAGUACUUAUCUGGAAGGCAUCCAGGAAGUAUUUGAAAGAAGUACAUACCUUCAUUUAUCAGAAGAUCAGCUGAUAGGUGAUGGAUUCAGUCAUUUGUUGCCUGUAUGUAAAGAUUAUGAACUACACUCAGCGUUGUCUUGUAUUCAAACAAUAUUACUCAGAUACAGGGCUUUGAGCAUGCGUUCAUCCAGUAAUAAUGAUGGUCCAAAUACUGCAGUGAUAAAAGAACAACAUAAAGCGAUUGCGGUUGCAUUGUGGAAGCAUGUCUACCCGUUUGUGAAGACCCGCAGCACAGCAAUGACACCCCCAGUACAGUUAGCUGAUAUUGCAGCUAAUUUCACGCUUUUAGCCAUGUCUAUGGAUGGUGAUAGCAGUGUCUCAUCACCUUCGUUUCUUACUAUGAUUCAGUACUUCGGUUUACAAAGCUCACAAGUUCAUACAAGUAUUUGCUGCCAUUACCUGUGUUCCAUCCUCACCAAUCAGACCAUAGUCACCACGUUGCAAAACAGUGUUGGUACUGACUACCAUAAACAAGUUAUUCAUGCCUGGUUUCGCUGUGCACUGCUGACUCCAAAUCCAACAGAGCAUAUGCAAGAACUGACAACUACCAAGACUGUACUGAUUCAUUUUAUCAAAGCUGUUGGAAAGAAAUUUACGAAUGCUAUGACAUUUCAAGAGAAAGUGAGUUUCCGGGAUACUGCAAAUCACUAUUUUGGUGAUAUUAUCAAAGUUAUCAACCCAGUAUUGAAGUCCACUGGACCACAGGAUGUAAUUAAUUGGAUAUAUCUUGUAUGUGGUAAUAUAGUCAAGUUUACGGCAAAGAUUAUUUAUGUACAGAGUAAACCACAGUGUCUGUUACCAAAUAUACUGGACCAUCUGAUUGUACCCCAUGUCUUGUUUAAUCCGAACAAAACUAUGCCUGGAAGUCAACUUACUGCUAUCCAAGACAACUUGCACCUGUAUUUAGAAGGAAUGGCUUUGUUGGAAUGUAAACGAGACCCUUACUUACAACGAAGAAUUAAAGACAUUGUUUGCCAGUAUUUCCUGAGAUUUCCGAUGAGAGGUAGUGCCAGUACUGGGAGCAUUGGGGCAAGCAUUGCAUGCAGUACAAACCAUCCAUUUCUUACUGCCUUACAAGAGUCAUGUACACCCAAUGCAAGUGAUGCAGCAAGAAACCUUCGUCUGUUAAUGUUGGAAUUACUUCAUAGCAAUUACUUGGUUAUCACAAACAACCAAAUAUCUCCAAAUAUUACGACCAGUCUUGUAUUUCUUAAAGAACUUUUCAGACGAACAACUGUCACUGAAGAAAUUGCAAGGAACACAUUUGUGUUGUUUAGUGCCUUAUUGGAUAUUCUAUUAGUUUGUGAUAGCUCUGCUGUCACCGCUGUGAAGAAACUAGCUGUAGGAGUACUUCAAGCCAUGUUGACUGCAUUUCAACAAGUACAUGAUAGUAGUUCUGGUGCCAGAGUGACUUUGCAGACUGAGUUGCAAGUUUUCAUCAGCAGACACUUUGGAACAUCUUACAUAUCAGUAUUACAUGUAAUGGAAGCAGUGGCUGUGUUGUACAGGAGUCUAGUGAUAGAUGUCAUGCCCAAACUAUUAGAUGAAGUUUACAACGUGGAAAGAAAACGUGGUGUUGGAACUGACAAAGCACGCAGGAAAGCAGUGUGUAAGCUACUUCACCAUCUAGGAGAUGAAGGAAAACAUUUCAUUGAAAUCAUGCAAGAGGAAGGUGACUUAUUUUGA